AUGGCGACUCCGGACGCACUGCAGCUUUUGCGCUCCUCGAUAGCUGCCUCGAAAUCUCCGCUCCUUACCACCGCGUCAGAUCCUUCUGAGGCGGACGCAAACCAGACGGACUCGCUGGUUGAAGCAACGCAUCUGUACUUUACCUACCCCUCUCCGCAGUGCCUGCCGUUGGACACCAGGACCCGGUUCGAAUCACAUAAUCCAGACACUGCCCGAGUCGAUCUAAGGAGCAUCUUCUUCGCAUGGCAGCAGAAGGAUGUGCCUGUGCCAGAGUACAUUUCGCGAGCGGCCGAGCUUGACAAGCAGUUACCCGAAGGCCAGAAAGUGCGAAACCUGGUCUUCGUCGAGCGUCUGGACCUGAUCACAUGGCUUGAAGGCGCCUCAGAUGAGUCGGAACACAUCAAGCCCAUCGAGGGAGCUACCGCGUUGGGCGAUGCUGUCAACAGAGCCGCAGAUGUGGCUGGUGGUGCCGCUGUGCCUACGGUCGGCGGCUCCGGAGUUGGGGUUACGCAGACCGCCGGUGGCAGACCUGUCAAGGUCAUUGAUGCCAGACUCCAAGCUAUUUACAGCGGAGAACGAAGGAUGGGAGACCACAAUACCGUGUUGAGGGGUAUCAAGCCUACAGACUUCUCGCACGUCCGCAAGCACGCAGAAACCUUCCUUGGCCGACGAAAAGGCAUUCCCUCUUCUUCACGACCUGGCGGUCUCCCCGCAAAAUCGGCCUCCCUAGCAGCUCGUCCUGCUGCAAACAUGUCCAAACCAUUAUCCUCGGCCGUCUCGUCGAAACGGUCCGAUCCCAUCAUCCUCCUCUCACCUUCAGCUUCGUCCCUGCUCCGCAUGUCCAACAUCAAAACGUUCCUUGACACUGGGCUCUUCGUCCCGCCAGAUCAUCCGACCCUCUCAACUCAAACAACUGCCAAUCUUCUACACAUUACUCGCACCAUGCCUUCUCUGGGCGAAAAGCCUUUCCGCUUCAUCCUUGUCGACUCACCCGAACACUUCAAACCAGAUUACUGGUCCCGUGUCGUGGCUGUAUUCACAACGGGCCAGAUAUGGCAAUUCAGAGGGUACAAAUGGCGAGAACCGCAGGAGUUGUUUGGGCAUGUGUUGGGCAUCUAUGUGGGCGAAAAGGGACUACCCAUCCCCACGGAAGUGAAAGGCUGGGGCAGCAGUGUCAAGAGCUUCUCUGUGGAGAGGUGGGACGAAAGGGCACAUGGUACAAGUGUCGAACAGGAGACGAGGAUGUCUCGGCGGUGGAGGGACAGAGAGAUUGUCGAAGAGGUCUGGAGAAGCAUUGAAGGAUACAUGAGAGGAAGGGGAGAGUGGAAGAGGUGA